GGGAGACCUGGAUCCCCACUAGCACAAGCACCCUCUCCCUGAGGGGAGUGUUCCAGUGCUGGGAUCUUUCCUUAGUCUCUAACAUAUCAGAAAAGAACAAACUUAGAGCAGCCUUGACUCCUGGAUCUCCUGACCUCCCCUGUUAAUUCACACAGGGAGGGGGUAACUGCUGGCCUGAAUGGAGACUUAUGCAGAUUCAAAGAGUUUUUUUUGCAGCUGCUCCAUUCUAGGAGCCUGGGGGAAUUGGUUUGCCUAAAAGGCCCUUGUGUGGGUGUUUCCCCUCACACAGCUUCAUCAAAUUAACAAGGCUUUCAGACUAUAAACUUUAGACAAGUAUUCUAUCAUUUUCUUGACUCAGUUAAGGCCUCUGAUUUGCCCAGCUUGAGGAGGAAGAAAGGUAAAACUAUUUGGAAACUAGAGAUGAUCCUUUCACUAAGUCUAUUUCUUAAGCCUAGUUUACACCACCGCAGGCCGUCAGUCUGUUUCACAACUCCGGCUACGCGAACAAGGCUAUGCGAACAACAGAGCUGAAGUCCCUGUACUUAGAUCUACUUGCUGCAGGAAGUUGACAGCACUUGCAUUCUGCUGGAGACCCAGAGUCGAGGGGAAAGCGCUCGGUGGUCGAUUUAUCAUGUCUGUACUAGAUGGGAUAAAUCCACCUCACUCUCCUCUGGAACAAUGGUUCGAUCCAGCGGGCUGUGAAGACAAGCCCUGAGAAGUUGACUAAUCACUUCCGGGAACAAACAUUUAAUUUCCGUCAAUGGGAUUUUUCUUCCUGCUCUUGCCUCCUAGCUGUGCCCCUUUUAACAUGGGACAGAGCUUUGAUUAGAAGUCCAGCGAAGUGUGGAUCAAGUUACCAGUGAACUGUAGCUGCUGUUUACCUCUGCAGCCUUUUGAAACCAGCGGGAAGCGAUGUCCAGUGACCCUCCCCCACCCUACCCAGGGGGACCCUCUGCACCGCUGAUAGAAGAGAAGAAUGGCCCACCCACCAUGUCAGAUGGCGUCUCCACUGCUGCAGUCCAGCCCUACGGGAUGCCUGUGCCCCCUUCAGAUUUUGGGCCACCCCCCUAUGAGCCACCCCUGCAGCCGGGGUACAUCCCCCCUCCCAUUUCUGCAGAAGGCUCUGUGCCCUACAUGCCCCCUGGUUAUUAUCCACCCUCAGGACCGCACCCUGCCAUGGGCUAUUACCCGGGUGCAGGACACUACCCCGCUGCUGGCGGCCACACGGCAACUGUCAUCGUGCCGUCCGGGGCUGCAACCACCGUCACCGUGCUGCAGGGGGAGAUAUUCCAGGGCAGCCCCGUGCAGACGGUGUGUCCUCACUGCCAGCAGGCCAUCACCACCUCGAUCACACACGAGAUUGGGCUCAUGAGCUUCCUCCUGGGCUUCUUCUGCUGCUUUGUCGGAUGCGAUCUAGGCUGCUGCUUCAUUCCGUGUAUAAUAGACGACUUCAAGGAUGUGACCCACACUUGUCCCAACUGCAAGGCCUAUAUCUACACGUACAAGCGCAUGUGCUAACAGCGCCCCUGGGACCUGCACCUGCUGGAAUGACGCCACCCCCUCCAUGCCGGCCUACACAUGCAGAAUGCUCCUUGUGCUUAGCUCUUUGUUGGUAGUGUGUUUAUUUCCCCUUCUCUCUGAAAGAGCUUUGAAUGCUGUAUUAGAGGUACUCACACACUGACAAGGAAGCUGUAGGCCCACACCACUAACAGCUAGAGCUGGUGUGUAGAUCUGAGCUCAGACAGGUAGCUGAGUUAGGUUGUGCGAUUGAAUAGCCUUGCUGUUCCAGCCCUCCAUCUUGUUCUCACCCUUCCGGCUGUGUGCAGAAGGUUUAGAACUAGGACUGCAAGCGAGGCUGCACAGAAGACUUUCCCUUCCCAGAUUGUCAGCCUGUCAGAGCCACCCGUCCUACCUCACUUUCCUGCAUCCUCCCCCAUCAGUGGCCUGGCAGUAGCCACUGUUAAAGGAGACAGUGAUGCAAGGCAAAUCCUUCAGCUGGCGGGAUGUGGGGCCGGCCAUUCCAAAGGGCUCUUGCCCAGUUAGUGCUAGACUGAGCCCGUUACAGUAGGAGGGGCGCUUUCCUUCUAUUCCAUGCUGGCAGCUCCUUUACGUCUCUAGAACCUGUGAAUAUGGCUAAAGGUCCAGUUGGCUCCCGCAGAGCUGUGGAAGCUGAGAUACUCGUGUGCCCUGUCUCUUGCAAGCAGACGGAUCAUAUAGUUUAGUUGAAUGGUGCAGUUCUCUACUUUGCAAACCACAAACUCAAAGCAAGAACGUCCGUCUGCCCAUCUCCAGGAAGGGCCGACCCACACGCAGGAAGGGCUGUGCUUCUGUCAGAUGCCAAGAUGCACUCGGCUUCCUUGUUUAGCUGUAGGCAAGAGGGAUGUGGGUGAGCUGGGUCACCAGGCUACGUGGUAUAAAGGGGAAGGCUUUAGUUCUUUGUGUGUUUACAUCUGGCUUGCCAUACAGCUGAGUAGAGUUAAUGUUUGUUGCCUGCCUUGGAGCCCAGCCAGCUCUGCCUUGCACGGCAGGAGAUGGGGAGGCAGCAGCUCUGUCUCGGUUGCAGGUGGCCGGAGGAUGCGUUUGAGGUGCGGUUCUGUUUCUGUUGAAAUGCUUUGGAACCUUGGCGCCUCAAGUGUCCGUCCCUGGCGAUAGCUCCCUCUGUUUGCCUCCUGGCUCUGGCUCUUCCAGCAGCGAUUACACACAGCAGCCUGCUAGUGCCGUAUAGAAAAUAGCCGCUACUGGAAAUUCCCAGCCACAGUUAUGGUCUUGGGACCCUUCCAUUGGACAGGCAGGAAGAAGAAAUGGAGCAGCAGCUGGUGCUAGCAGACUCUUGGGGCCACUUGCUCCCUUUGGCUGCUGUAGCCUCUGACACGGAGAGAUGUGACAGCUCAGCCUGAGGGUGAGGUGGGUUGGUUCUCUCUUGAGCACAGCACUAAGUAGCAGUUUUCCAACCCCUGCCCCGCAUCUAGUGGUCAAUGAGCAUGAGCCACCUAGAACAAUGGGCUUUGUUGCUAUUGGGUCAGUGGGAUUGGGGCGAUUCGAGCCCUCUGGAGCUAGAGACCUUGCAUCUGCAUUUCCUUUGCCUUGAUUUGCCUUUACCUGGGACUUUAUGGUGCAGCCACGAGCCUUUGCCAGCCAAGUCCUGGGUUCCUGCUCAUGGCCAAUCACAAGUGCACUGGCCUCGGUGACCUCACUGGAUGUCUUGUCCCAAUCAGUUGCCAAGUCAGCAGGCUCCAGUAAAGAGCACUCCCCUGUCCGAGUUGGGAGGGGUGCCUGAGCGGUCCCCACACUCACCAGCUUGCACUCCGUCCGCAUUCAUUACACUCAAUUCUGUCAGCUUCCCUCCCACCCCUGAACGAAACCUCCGUCCGUUGAACCCACCCAGUACAGUGAAAGGGAAGCUUCUGGCUGUACUGGUAUUACACUGCUCUUUUCCUGGCUGUGUGGGUUUGCAUCAGAUGCCCUGUUGUUGUUUUGUUUGUUCUCGAAUAUCUGUGUUCUUGGGAGACAGAAAAACUUGCGACUUUCUCAAUGCACUUCUUCACUGUGCUAGCGAGGUCCCCGCAUUUCAUUACUCCCCACUAACUGGCAGUGUGCCCAAAUAUGUAGCUCACUCAGCGCAGCAUUGUAGGGGUUUUUAAUUUAAUUUAAUUUUACUAUAGUAUUAGUAAAUGGCUGCCAGGUUGCAUCUGACUUACUGGAAAUGUGAAUCCUCUACCCUUCAAACCCAAUCACUUUUGCACUCAGUCAGUGCCCAGGAGUCCAUCACUAAUGGGCAUGGUCUGAACAUUGCAUGUGGGUCUGAUCUGGUUCCUUUUUAUUCUAGGAAGAAGAAAUGUAGCUUGUGAGGGUUAAAACUGGCUGAUGCUAUUGGAUGCAGAGCCCAGGGCUACUCAGAGAGCCUUUGCUGAACUCCCUUUUUCAGUGGCUCUGUACUUCAGGUUAUUCCAGCUGCUGUAACCCUUUCUGGUUUGUGUCCAAAGUGCAUGCCGGCAAAACACAGGGAACAUCUGCUCUGUUGCUGAUUGUUAAACUGGGCUGUGUAUGCACCCUGGGCACAGCUCUGCCUCUUCAUGGGGCCAGAUGGGUUUCUGGGUCAUGAAUGUGAAAUGGUUGAUUUUUGUUCUUUAAGCUGAUGGGCUGUUUCUGUAACCAAAAGCAUGACCCUGAUUUUAAUCUGUUCAAGUGCAAGGGUAUUUGUAUAUUCAAGUAAAUGUUUUAAACCAAGCGGAAGUCUUAAAAUGAACUCCUGGGUUGAUCUCUGACUUGUGGUUCAGGUGUCAGCUUUGUUUGUCAGGAGUGAAUUAGCCUGUGCUCAGAAAAGCAACUAGUUGGUGCUUUUACAUGAUGUUUGUAUAUAAAUAAAAGACAGACCCUGA